CAGCUACAAGAUCAGCUUGUUCGCUCAGUUCACUCGCGACGUCUGCAGCGUCGUGUAAGCGAAACGUUCAGUCAGCAACGGUUCUCUGAAGCUGCUCAGUUACGGGAGCGACCCGCUUGUUUUUCAUCAGGCCAUCAAAGUUCCUAUUUUGAGACGGUUGAUUGCUGCGCUGUAAUAGCGAAAUAAUCAAUUCCCGGAUUAUUCGAAACGUUUCUUUCACGAUACAGCGAAACAUUUGGGUAAUGUUUAGGCAGUCAUACGACUGCUUGUGGUUUGCCUGAAUGUUGGGAAAUCGCCAUCGUCAUGUCGGCAGCUUCGCAGGGGUCAAUUUAAUAUGUUCUUUGUGGCUUCAGCAAUAUUCCUGCUCAAUAUAUUUGGAUUAACAAGUUCGAUGCCCGGUGGGCUUGGUGCUCCAGAAAACAUCACGAUAACGUUCUUAAACCCGACUACUGUAAGGGUGUCUUGGGCAACCACGUUGAGCAACGUCGACAAGUAUGAUAUCACGUACAAACCGACCGAUGCCAGUUACAGGGUGGUGGCAAUUGUGGCUGGAAACAGCGAUGCGGUGACCCUUUCCAACUUGAAUCCAGACACGCAAUACCAAUUAACCGUAUCCGCAGUGUGGGGAGGAAGGAAAUACAGAAGCAGGCCUAUCGUCUUCCGGACCCUGGAGCCUCCCAGGUCUUCACCUCAGCAGGAAUCCAUGGCUGUAGCAGCAGGUGUGAGUGCAACUUCGCAUACGACCAUCAUCACCUCAACCACGUCCACCACUGAUUCUUCGACGACAAAAUUAUCCUCAACAGAAACGUACGUCCCAGUGGAUUAUCCGCAAACUAGUUCGACGGUUCGUGGAGUUGAAAUAGGAAUCGUCCUGAUCGUGUUGGUGGUUUGGGUGGCAGCCAUCGCUCUCUUCUUCAAUCGCUGGGGAAAAAUCAGGAUGCUGCUGCCGUAUCAGCCCGAUUACAAGCAGGAGCAGCUGAAGGUGCCAGGAACUGCAGCUUGUGCCGCUGCAGUUGCGACCGGGAACAUUUGCACGCAUCAUACGCCGGCUACCAUUUGCCAGCAGGUUCAUGCUCAGCCACCUCGUACACCCCGUCCUCGCAUGAAUUCUGCCAUCUUCGUAUCGAACAGUGGACCGGGAAUCGAUCCGAAAGAAUUUUUCCGUCGUUAUGGAUCGGUUUCCAAGCUAUGCCGCAAGGCCAGAAGUGUGGACAAUAUCUCUUUGGAAGAGAAGCAUUUUGGGCUGCCCACGUUGUCCAUUAGCGGACCAUCGCCUCCGGAAAACGACGAGGAAGAUGAGGAGGAGGAAACCGAAAUGGACCUAAUGGAAAGCUGCAUACCGUAAAUGAACUGAUUUAUGCAAACGCUCUGGAAAGAGUGCACCAUUACAAUUAUUGUUAGUGUCCUAAGUAUACAUACAACAAGGUCUUAUCAAUAUAGGUGUAAUUUCGUCCUACUUAGGUUUAUUCUACGUAACUCUAGUGCCGAAACUCGCCGAAUCCUCUAGUUGGAAACUUUCCAGCGAAUUCACGAAUUUAUGGAAGUAACAUGUGGACCAAUUUCUAGAUUAGUGACAAAAAUUACUUAGUGACUUAUCAUAUUCUUAUCGAUAGCACCAUUUCGUUAACUUUUAGCUAAAGGUGCUUGUGGAAUUUCCAUUGGCGCUUCGGGCCGACGCUCGUUCAGAAGUUUCAACUACAGGAUUCCACUUAGAAACUGUAUCCAAUAACAUUGUACAUACAUAACAUAGACCAAUAAUGACCAAUUUACCCAUUAAAGGCGCGUCAUCUGAAACUCAUUGAAAACUAAUCGCAACUUAAUUAUUUUGCGCGCAUCAAAACCACGGCCAAACAUUUUCAUUACCAUCAAGUACCACUAGCUCAAACUAAUUCUAAGUCUGUAUUUUUCUACUUCUCUUUUUGCUUUUGUACAUAUAAACCUUAAUACACUAUAUUCUGAUACUGAACAAGUU